AUGGAUGCACAAGCGGAUGCCUGGCACAGCCUGGGGAGGAUGUCCAAGGAGGAGGCGAUGGCGGCUUAUGUGGCUGAGAUGAAGAAGGUGGCCCAAAAGAUCAUUGACACGGUGCCCAUGGACGAGACGACGGAGGAGAUGUUUGGGUACUUCAAGCCGCUCUACGAGGUGAUCCACGACAUGCCCCGGCCCCCCGAGGCCUUCUUCAAGAGGAAGGGGGGCAGUCAGGAGCGGACGGCCGACCCCAGCCAGGAUGACCCAGCGAGCAGCCCGGCUCCGGAGCACACCGAAGACGCCCUGCCUGGGGAGCAGCGGAACGGGCAGCACGUGCCAGGAGGUGGGCUGGCUCCUGCCGCUGAGGCGCUUGAGGGUAGCCAGGUGACCAGUGACUCCGAGGGGGACGUGUACUGCGACACCCUGGAGCAGAUGGAACCUGAGCAGGCUGGGCAGCCACUGGGUCUCUCCCCGAACGGCGGCGCUGGGCAGGGAGAGCGGGGUGAAGGCAGAAGACUAGAGGGGAGGAGCAGCGCUGGCCUCGCAGCCCUUGGCUCCGAGAGAGAUCUCUGGCUCGCCGGGGGAGAGCGGGAUGCUGGGAACGCCCCCGAGCUCGCCCAGGGGCUGCUGGCGGAGCUGGACGCCCACGUGGCCAGCACUGUCCGAGCCCUGCAGGACGACAUGCGGCAAGUGCUAGAGCGCCUGAGCGAGCUGGAGAUGCUCGCCUCCGCGCAGGUAAGCGCCGCAGGGACCGACCCUGGCCAGCCGCUUGCUGCGCAGGCAGCGUCCCCGUGGCCCCCGACCAUCUCCCCGCGCACCCUGCUCUUCCUCGUCACCUGGCCUUUCGUCACCCAGUGGCUGCUGCGCCGCUGGCAGGGCAGGAAGAGGUGACCGUCGCGUCCUUGCCACCACGGCCCCGCCGGGCUGCCGCCACCCCUCCUUCCCCAUCCUGCUUAGCACGAGCCGGGGAAGCGCCACGGGAUUGACGAAGGAAACGCCUCACCCAGCCACGGGGUCUCCUGCAGGCCGGGACCCCAGCCCCGAGGGAGGGGGAGCCACUGCGCACUGCCGAUUGCCACCGUCACUCUCAGGGUCUCGCCAGCACCGCGGGGAUGGCAAAGGGACCGGCCGUCCACGGGGAGCAUGGUGUGGGAUCGCCCCUGCGCCCCGAACAGGAUCCCGGGGGAUCCUCUCACUACCGCGCGCAGAUGGACCGGCUGCCUGCC